UGGGGCUUACAGGCACUGAUCCAGCCCAGGGCCAGGCUCCCAGCCAGUACUGCAGAGCUGAGGCCUGGAGGCCUAGGAGCAGGACCUGGCCAGCUGGCUCCUGAGGGGUGCCUACCUUCUGCAGCUUCCACUAGACCCCAGGAACAGCCCAGGUGGACAGGACGCCCCAAGGUUGAUACAAUGACUUCCCCUUCCCCUCUGGCCCCAGAGGUCCUGGAGGGAAACAGUGUGUCUGGCCUGACGCCUGCAGCUGGAGACCAGUAUGAAGCCCAUUGUUUGAGGUUAGAGCCAGUGGGGGCUACGGGAAGCCCCCAGUAAUGCCCUUCGUCCCAGUUACCACAGAUCCAGAGCCCCGAGCAAGGACUGAGCCAGUGGCAGAACAGCCUCCAGCAGGAUGAAGGCACUCGGUGCUGUCCUCUUGGCCGUGCUGCUGUGCGGACACUCAGGUAGCCAAGGUUUACAGGUAUUCCUGCGUGGUCAGGGAGCAGGCAGACACAGGAGGACAAUGACUAUGAGGACAUGGGGCAGGAAAGUUAUGGCUAUGACGAUGACGAUGACAAUGACGAUGAGGAGGAAGAGGAAGAGACCAACCUGAUUUCUAGCAGCAGGGACAGAGUGUUCCUGGAGUGCUAUACCUGUCAGCUGCUGCAGAGUGGGGAGAGCUGUGAAGACACACAGCGCUGCUUCCAUAGCCAGGCCUUCUGCACCACACUCAUCUCCCAUGGGAACACUGACUCAGGUCUCCUGACCACUUACUCAAUGUGGUGCACAGACACCUGCCAACCCAUCGUCAAGACAGUGGAGGGGACCCAAAUGACCCAGACCUGCUGCCAGUCCACUCUGUGCAAUGUCCCACCCUGGCAGAGCUCCCAACACCAGGACACACCAGAUGUCAGGACAGGGAGCCCCCAGGGUGGCAGGGCUGGCCAACCCCAGGGCAAUGGGGCAGGAGGCCACCCAGACUGCCCCAAAAGUGUGGGCAUAACCCUCCUGCUCAGCCUCCUCAGCAGCCUUUGGGCAACAGGGCCAUGAAGACCCUGACACCCCCUCUGAGCCCCCUGUUGGGGCACCAUCUGGUGCUUCCCCC